AUGAUUUCAACCGGUAGCAUUUCGAAAGCAUCAGGCUUUAAAGCUGUUUGGUUUCAUAUCAUGGGAUUGACCUCUAUUCAUGCUAAUGGAGGUGAUAAAUUAGUACCGUCAAGUUCUCAAAAACAGUCUAACAAUGAGAAAAAUGUGGAAAAAACACAAAGUAAGAAGGAUUCGAAAUAUACUGUUGCAGAUAUCGAUAAAUUAUACCAACCAUCACCAGCUCCCCCGUUACCAUCAUCUCCACCACUGCAAGAAGCGAUAUAUGAAGUUACCGAUGAAGAUGAAGAUAUGCCGAUGUUAGAUAUGGAUGAUCAAAGUGUUGAGCUGGUCUCCAAUUACUUAUCGGAUCGUAGAAGUUCAGAUACUUUGGGGCCUGAGGCGGCUACACUGCCGCGGUCAAGGAAACAGAUCGAUUCUAGUUUCCCCAUGAUGGUACCUACAAGAUUGAAAACUGUAUUUGUAGUAGAUACAAAUUUUAUCAUUUCACAUUUGAGUACUUUAGAAACAUUGAGAACGUUGGCGCCUCGCUUUCAUCACCAAAUUGUAAUCCCUAGCACAGUUAUGCAAGAAUUAGAUGGAUUAAAGGUAUCUUCAUAUGGUGUGGCAGUAAAGGAUGAACAUGGUGGUAAGAGACAGGUAGCACAUUUGGCUAGAUCGGCUAACGAUUGGAUCUAUAAAAAUUUAGCCAAUUUAGACUCAGGAAUAAUGGGACAAAAACUACGACAAACCAUAGAUUCCAAUUGUAUUAAAGAUGAUGCAAUUUUAGAUUGUUGUCUUUAUUUCAAGGAUAAACUGGAAUGCUUUGUCGUAUUGAUGUCUAAUGAUAAAAACCUUUGUUUAAAGGCAUUGACAGAACAAGUUCUUACAAUAUCGUUUAGAAAGGGAAUGUCAGCACAGCUGAUUGCUUCCAAGGCAUAUGAGGAAAAUCUUUCGAGGUUUGGUUCUCAUGAUUUUUUUCAACAAAAUGCAUAUACCAAUUCACAUUCUGCAUUACAGUUUCACGAAUUAAUGAGUAUGAUUUAUAAUGAAGUGCAUGAUACAGUGGUAGAGGCAGUAGAUUACGCAAUGAGGCAAGAAUACGGGGAUGAACUUGAAUUUAUUGAUUAUUCGAAGGAUGAUUUGUUAAAUCUCAAGGAAAUUUCCCGUUUUAUUGCACAAUUCUGGAUAUCUGUGUUUGGACAGCUAUUUCAAAAAUCUAAAAUGAGACAAUCGGAUUGGAAGGAAUUACCAUCUUCCAUAUUAGAAGUACCCACAACAUCUCAAGAAUUGGCUCUCUUCAUUAGAUUUUGGGAAGAAGUAUUAACUUUUCUUUUCGUAAAACGCAGUGAUCAAGAGCUUGAGCAAUUAGAUUCACUUAGCCGUCGGUGGGAAGAUCUUGCCGCUCAAUGUAGUUAG